UAUAAACGACAUUGGUCAGAGGAGAUUCUAAAAUACAAGGAUGUCUACGGCCCUAUGGCCCGAGAGGCAUAUGUUUACGGUUGGAUAAGUCUACGCAAAGAGUCGUAUAUAAUUCUCCGGAAAUACGCCAAAACACAGGCGUUGUCUAAAGUGGUGGCCGAAAAUGUGCGCCAAAUGAUUGACAACAUUACCACUAUUGAGGGCAUCGGCACACCAUUCAAACCCAACCUUUAUGUAUACAAUCUGAUAGUCAGUAUAAUGGGAUGUGUAAUGUUCAGCAAAAAAAUUGAUAUAAAACAGCCCGAACUCCACAAAUAUAAAUACCUUACAACUGACUUUGGAGAUGAGCUUGGUAGCUUAAUGUUUAUAUAUGAUUUUAUACCAAUUACACAAUAUUUUAUGCUAAACCCUCUGGCUAAAUAUCAGUCUAUAUUUGACGAAAUGUGGAUUUAUGCGCGAGAUUUAUACGAAAAUCACGUGAAAACAUAUGACAGCAAUAAUUUGCGUGACUUUUGCGAUACAAUUAUUGCCGCUAAACACGAGGCCAUUGCGGAUAACAAGCCGUCGGCUAAAUAUCUAACCGAUGAGAAUCUGAUAACAACUAUGUGUGGACUCAUUAAUGCUGGCGUGGAGACCACUCAGGACACGGUAUUGUGGAUAAUGCUAUACAUAGCCUAUUACCCCGAUUAUCAACAAAAGUUACGCAACGAGAUUAGCCGUGAGAUCGGCGAUCGGGUGCCAGUGUUUGAGGACAAGUCACGGCUCAACUAUACGCUCGCGUUUAUGACCGAAAUAUUACGGCACAGAAAUCCGGCGCCGAUCGGAAACUUUCACCGAACGGUUGUCGACACACAAUUGGGCAAGCACACGGUACCAAAACACACCCAGGUACUGGUGCAUCAAGUUCACAUUAUGACCGAUGCGACAAAGUGGAAAAAUCCGGACAAAUUUGAGCCAGAACGAUUUCUAGACAAGCAUGGACAAUUUAUUGAAUCAAAGGCCGCAGAGUAUAUUCCGUUUGGUUUGGGUCGGCGAGUGUGUCCGGGCGACACAUUAGCGCAUAGCGAAUUAUUUUUUAUCCUGCUACCAAGCUCAUCUCCAAAGUCAGUUGUA